AAUCUUCGCCGUCUUGUCUCUUUGCAAAAGCGAGUUAUCAGAAUUAUUUCUAAAUCAACUUUCGAUUCUCCUUCAGACCCUAUUUUCAAAGAAUUAGAGCUACCAAAACUUUCCGACAUUGGACAGCUAGAAUUGGGUAAACUUAUGUUUUCUCUUGACCAUUCUCUUUUGCCUUCAAAGUUCAACAAUUAUUUUUCUUUAAACAAACAAGUCCAUAGCUCUGCCACUAGACACGCGAACGAUUUUCACCUUCCUUCUUGCAGAACAAACCUUCGUAAAUUUUCUGUCAGUUUCCAAGGGCCUACUUAUUAUAACUCUAUAGAAAAUGAUAUUAAAGAAGGCUAA